UAUUGUCGUCCCUUCAGCCCUAACGUUUGUCAUGCGUGUUUGAAUAUAUUUGAAUAUUAUUGAUUAUAAAUUUUGAACUUCAUUUUGUGUUGUAGGCAAAGUAAAGAAACGUGUUUAUAUGACAUGUCAAUAAGUCAUUGACCGAAAGUGGGCCCGAAAAUUAUGACGCUUAGCCUCUUGGCUUGAGUGGGAAGUAGAAAGUUUUCAAAUUUACAGUCUGCGUCUGAACCAACAAGCAACAUCAUUUUGUUUGGUGUUACCAGAAUUGAGGCCAGUGUGCUUAAAAUAAUUGCAACAAAAGGCUCUGGGAUGUCCGCCAGACUGCUCUUCCUGCUGUGGCUAACGUUGGCAGCCCCAGAAUGUGGUGGCGCGUCCAUCCUGGGGUGGCUACUCCCGUCCUGGGCCGGGGGAGGCGGUGAGGCUGACGGAAACGGUUCUGCCCGGCCGGCCUCGGCAUCGGGAGUCGACGUGCCCGAGGUCCACUUUGAGACGAAGAGUGUCGAGGACAAGUUCAUCGACGCCGUGCAGCGCUACGAGGGGCGUGUCUCUGACCUGGACGCGUGUCAGCACAAGGUGGUGCUCAAGAUUCAGAAGUCCUGUUCGAACCUGUCUGAGGAGGACCUGGCGAAGCUGAGUGUGAACCUGUUGAACUGCCAGGCGUCCGUGGAGGGCCGCCAGCAGUUCCCGUGCACCGACCAGAUGAGUAUACGGGAUUGCACUCAGCGUAUGGAUGCGGACAUGUGGAACGCCUACCACCUGAUGAACAACCGCGCACGGUCGGUCUGCUAUGCGGCACGCCAGCAGCAGUUCCGUGCCGCUGCCGAGAUGACGGUCGACCGGCUUUUCGAGGCGACGCGCCAGCAAGUCUCUGCCAUGGACUCCCUGAAGAGUGAGCAGGAGCGGCUGGGCCAGCUGACGGAGGGCACGCUGGAGCGGCAGGAGGCGCUGCUGCAGCAGCAGCGCGGCCUCCGCCAGUUCGUGGGCAGCAACCUGCGCGACCUGCUGCGCGAGAAGCAGCUCAUCGCCGCCGGCCACCGCGAGCUUGCCCGCAUGACUGAGGACGUCCGGCACAGGCUCGAUGCGGCGAAUGAGCAGCUGGACUCUCAGACGGCGGAGCAGCGUGCCAACCACGAGCAGCUGCUGGCUGACCUGACCACCAUCCAGCGCCAGGCGGCCGAGGUCUGGGCCCAAGUCGAGCGGAGCACGCGUGAGGUGCUGGACUACCAGCGGUCGGCGGCACGUCAGUACCGGCACUCGCUGGAGCGGCUGCGCAAGAUCAACGAGACGGUGGACUACUUGCUGCGACUGGUGGAGAACACGCGCUCCGAGCUGGACACCCGACUCGGCUGGGUCACCCGCCUUGCUGGGGAUGCAGGCGACGGUGUGGAGCGGCUGGUGUGCGCCGGACGGCACCUCCUGGUGCUGCUGGGAGGCGCGCUGGUGGCCGCUUUUGUGGGCGCGCCGCCCGCCUGCCGCGUGGCGCUCGCAGUACUGGUGCCCGCCAACAUCGCCACCGUCCUGCAGAAGGGCUCUGGCACCGCCCUCGACGUCUCGGCGGAGGUCGCUGUCGUCGGCCUCGUCGCAGUCGUGCAGUGGGCGUACAACACGUAUCGGGCCCGCCAGAAGCAGCUGACAUUGGCGUCCGGUGCGCCCUUCUCCCCGCCACUGUUUGGGGGCCGGCACGACACUCCGGCGUCAACUCGUGACGCACACCUGCGGUACGGUCGGACGCCUCCUCGGAGUGGUGCUAGCCUGUGGGGCCGGAGCAGGUCUGCCGUCGCUGCACGGCUCACUACCGUCUUCCGUGCCGUACUGAGACUCGUGCCCUCGUGGUUGUGGUCGCGAGCCAGCACUCUGCACCUGUCACCCCCGAAGCUGACGGGGGCAGGCAGCCCCACCUCCCCUCGAGAGGGCGACGGUGACCGCGACCGCGCAGACCCUCACAACUGCGCCGACUUCAGCGACGACGAGCUCGUCGGAGACGACGACGACGGCCUGUUCGUGAAGGACCCGCUGAGGGAGUCGACGCCUGUCACGCAUUUCAGUCGUGCCCUGGACGAGAGCAGAUCGAGCAGCCUUUCUGGGAGCCGUGAGAGCCUGCACGGGCCUGCGAGCAGGGCACCCCUCACGACGGCCCUGAGAUACCGGUCGCCCGCCUAUUCUCCACCCACACCGUCUGUCUCAUCUCGCGGGGGGACUCCCAGCAGUGGGAGCCGGCGGACGUGUGCAGCGGUGACGAGGACGGGCCUGCCGUGCCGUAACCCUGCCGGCGCUCUCUCGCCCUACUGCCACCGGCACGCAGACUCUGACGGUGUGUCUGUGGUCGACAGCCCACUCGCCAGGAGUCGGUAGCCCGGGGAGUGUGUGCCGUCAUUCCCAGGGAGCAAUACUUCAGUAGUUGAGUGAAAGAGCCAGGCAGCUAACAAUGAAGUAUUUCUCAACUGGAGGCCCCUAGAAAUUGGAGCAGUUACAUAUUCCGCAAAGGGAAAUUGCGGGAGUUGAUUUAUUAAUGGUUUCUGGUGCUGGUAAUAGCUUUGUGUCUGCUACCUGUGUGCAUUUCUAACGUGCUCCGAAAUAAAAUGCCUUGUAACCCCUUAGCUCUCUCUCUCUCUCUCUCUCUCUCUCUCUCUCUCUCUCUCUCUCUCCCCCCCCCCCCUCACAAACACACAAACACACACACACACACACACACACACACACACACACACCUGUGGGAAUGACCAUCAAACUUGAUAACUGAUGCUGAUUAAUUAAAUUAAUUAAUUUGAUUAAUUAAAACCAAAUGACAUUUUGUGUCUGGGUGUUUACAUCGAAUUGACAGUGGAUUUGUGUCAAUGUUCUUGUGUCAAUGUUCUAAUGUGCAUGCUCCUAUUCCAUUCUUUACAGUCAGUCUUCAACAUUUGCUGACCAUGCAACAAUUUAUGUCAGGAUUUUUAAAGGGGAAUGUACCAUUUAACCUACAUGCAUACAGAUGGGAUUAUGUAGGCCAUUAAGUGAAUUUUGAAAUAAGUUUUGAAGCCGGUGGUUUUAACAUUGAGUGCCAGUAUUGUCACCUUAAGAGUUUAAUACAAAACUUGCUGUGCAUGCGUGAUACUUGGUUUAAUAUACUACCAGUGGUCAUUUUUCGUUCUCAAAAUUAAAACACACUAUCCUGAAGCCUUGUAAGAACAUUACUGUUUCCAACUAUUGUUGUGACAGAGAUAGAAAAUGCUUUAACAGGGCAUUUGGAAUCUUAAUUUUAUAAUAUUUAUACUAUCACUGGUGUUGGGAAAGAAUAAAGAUUACAUUCUGUCUCGAUCUCUCUCAUUUUCUUUGAUCCCAAAUGUAACCAUCCAGUGACUAUAAAAUUUGAAUAACUGCAUCAGAUUUAUCAGGCUCGAGCUUUUGACAACUUAGCUGUCGUCAUCAGGAGAUAUUUACGUGGGCGCAGGUACUUCAGUUGGCCAAUUUGUCGCGGAGAUAUAUCACAGAACUCCCCUUUGCUAAAAGAUAUUUACAUCAAAGUCUGUGACUGAAGAGCAGUGGUAAUUUCAUUAGAUAGUGAAUGACUCACUUGCGCCUCUGUUAUAUCCGUGAUAUAAUUUGGCCAACUUAAGUACCUAAUGGCCUACUGAAAUAUUUCCUGUCAGUGACAAUGGGGAAAGUCACCAAAAGCUUGAGACUUAUAAUUCUGACACAAGUACUCUGUAAAACACUAAUUCAAGAAUUUUACUACGAAAAACUACAUUUGGCUAUAAAACUUCUGCAUGCAGUCUGAUAGCCACUGCAAAUUAAUGCCAGCAGGGAAGAUGUCCCACUAUUAAAAAAAAGAGAAGAUAAUUAUUGCUCAGUUGCAACAAGAGGUUUUGGAGACAGUAUGAUAAGAACUUUCCUGACCAAGAUUUGUGCUGUAGUUCAUGUAUUUUUCUUCUUGGCAGUUUAGUUUUCUUAUUACUCUCCCAAAAAUACUUGUGGCAUAGCUGAAAAUACUGGCACUGCUGGUGCUUGUGAAAAUCAUAUUUUACUGAAGUAGUUUGUCUUUUUAUAGCUUUUCAAAUGCACAGCAUAUGGUGGGGGCUAGUACAAAAAUUGCUUGGAAAAGUUUAAAGUAUUAGUUUUCUUCACAUGUACAUUUAUUUCACAUUUGGAUUCAUUUGUUAAUUUUCCUAUAUUUGAAACCUCGAUGCUUCCUCGUAUUUCCUACAGUGCAAUGAAUUUUAGAUUUACUGAGUUGAAACACAUUAGAGAAGCAUCUGGGUUCUCUAUCAUAUCUGUAUGAUUACUUGACCACUCUCUUGGAAACCUACGUACACUAAAGCCUCACUUUUUGGAAAUUUCUUCGAGUGAAGUGAGUAAAAUAGAUAUUUAACCUAUGAAUAUUGUGUUGUUACUUAAUGCAGAAAUGAAGUAAUGCAGCCCUGUUUGUUAAAAUUUGUUGAGAAACUCAUUUGUAAUUCUAGAAGCUUUAAAUUUAUUUGCAACCCCUUUCCUGUUUCCCACAACCUUGUGCUUUUCAUUUAAUUUGAUGACAAGGUUCUGAGCAGGCAUAAAGUUUACAGUUUGUCUGUGUGUCCCUUUCUCACACUUAAAUUGGUCCAAUUUAACAGCAGCAUGCUUCCUUGUAUAUUAAGUGCUGUAUAAAAAUGAAAGAUAGUGGUAUUUUAAUAAAAGCUACUAGCAGAAGCUAGAUUAAGUUUUCAUAUAGUCAUUGCUCUCUAUUUUGUAUAACAUUCUUUGCUCAAAAUCAAAUUUCAGUACACUAAUAUUAGACUAUUCGCUAAAUGUGAAGUGGUUGUGUUACCAUCAGGAAGACACUACCUAACAUUUUGUAAUUGCGAUCAUUUUGUACUUACUCAUAUACAUGCUCUAAUCAUUAUUUAAUUUACCAUCUCUUACGUAUAUUCUAUGUUUGCAAACAUUUUAAAAACUUUCAACAUUGUCUUUAUUAAAAAACUGUUGGAAAAGACAGUUUGUCCAUUUUCCGUUUCUGUAGUGUUUUAUCAUGUGCAUUUUGCAAAAUUUACCCUUGGUAAUUCUGUUUGUAAAUGAUCUUAGUUUUAACAGUAGCAGUUGUUGCUGUAGAAGCUUCUCUUGAAUUACUGUGAUUUAAUUCAUAUACUGGAGCAAUAACUAAUUGAACUUGUGAGAGACUGUGAUAUGUUUAUAUGUACUUUUGUGAAGCUCAGAAUAUGUGUGAUAAAAUUUGAAAAUUGAAGAGGGCUUUUGCUCCUAUUUUUUGCCUGAUGUACAAUUAAAGACAAAUACAUUUAAAUUAGUUUCUGUAAAA